CGAGAGAAGACGACAAAAAGUGUACUUUGAAAUUUCUAUUUUAAAAUUAAUGUUUUUUAAAAAGAAAUUGUGGAAUGCAAAGGAUCAUAAUGACUGCUGAAAAUAGUGUGGCCAAGGCACUGAGAUCUGUAGGUGAAAGGAUUCAAGCAGCCUCCGUGCAAAGAACCUCGACCAUACCCAGUGUGGAACCAAGACUAGUAGCAGUGAGUAAAACCAAACCAGUAUCUAUGAUCCUUGAGGCUUAUCAGACAGGACAGCGCAACUUUGGUGAAAACUAUGUACAAGAGCUAGUUGACAAAUCUCAUGAUGCCACAAUAAGAGAACAGUGUACAGAUAUCAGGUGGCAUUAUAUUGGUCAUCUUCAGAGUAAUAAGGUCAAGAAACUUCUCAGCUCUCCUAAUCUGUACAUGGUGGAGACUGUUGAUUCCAGGAAGUUAGCAUCAGAGCUUGAGAAACAUUGGAGCAAAGAGACAGACAGAGGAACUCUCAGGGUCUUUGUGCAAGUCAACACAAGUGGAGAAGCAAAUAAGAGUGGUGUGUCACCUGAAGAGUGUAGUGGAGUAGUAAGACAUCUCUUUGAUAACUGUCCUAGCUUAGAGUUUGCUGGUCUCAUGACAAUCGGAUCAUUUGAUCACAGCCUUGACGAUGGUCCUAAUCCUGAUUUUCAGUGUCUAAUCAGAUGUAGAGAAGAUGUAUGUAAGGAAUGCAGUCUGGAUAUUGACAAGGUAGAGCUUAGUAUGGGCAUGUCACAUGACUUUGAACAUGCAAUAUCUGUAGGGAGUACAAACGUCAGGGUUGGAAGUACUAUAUUUGGAGCUAGAGAGAAAGCUAAAAGUAAAAGUGAACCACCUGUGAAGAACAAGGAGGAACCAGCGUAAAGCUCUGUUUGAAUCAGUGAACUGAAUUUAAUAGUACUCCACCAUGAAUAUAUCAGUUGGACUAACUUAGACUGAUAUAACUCGGUCUUCUAUGAAGUCUAUGUUAACUGCUUUAUUAUAUUUGCAAUAUGAAUGUAACAAUGAAUAACAAUCAUGACAAUAGGAUGAUAUGAAACAUGUACUGCUUGUUCAAUAAUAAGUUGAUUUGUGACAUUAAAGGGAAUACUCACAAAGGUUGAGGUACAUUGCUUUUGGAAAAUUCUUGAAUUAUGUAAACUUUAAUAAAAUGUAUUCAUUGUAAGGUUUCUGAGCAGUAUUUCUAAUCUUAAAUGAAGAUGGUUGAUAAAUUUCACAGAGGUUUGAACACUCAAUAACCAGCAAAUAUAAGAGUGAGGAUGUCCCAGGCAACAAUAUUACAUGUAGGUAGUCUUGGGUUUAGGCUGUACAAGAUUUUCAUUUUGUCUACCUGUAUUUGGACAGCCAUCUUGAAAUUGCCCGAGACAUCUUGUAGCAUAUGUUGUGGAGAUAAAUUACACAUUAUAUUUGUCUGCCUGUCAACUUAAGUGUGCUGAACCCAGGGGUCUUGGUGAAAUAAAAAGAUACAUUUUAAUCCAUAUUUGUUCCAAUUUAUCCCCACAUUUUUUAUUUCAAUUGUAAAUGUGAGAAGAUUCUGUUAAUGGGGGGGUGGGGGAUUACAUUAGAUUUGUGUUGACCAUGUACUUGCCAGCAUAUUCGAAGAGAAUAGAAUAUAAGUGCUCAUGUAAUUCAGGCAAAUCCGUAAAGUAAUCAACCUUUUGUCGGUCCAACUCCAGGGUUCCCAGCCAAUCAGGGGAAAUUAUUUUACUUUUACCAGUUAGGGAUAAAUCAGGGAAUUUAAUUUUAAAAAAAUACCUCAAAUCAGAGAAAAACAGACUCUUAUAUUUUGUUGCUUAUCGAAACAACAUCUAUUGAAUGACUGGUUAUGGUGGUACUAGUUAAUUAUACAUUGUUGUUUUUAUGUUGAAAAUACAUGUAAUUAACUGCAACAACCUAGAAAACAUGCGAAAAUGGGAAUGGGUUUAAAUGAUUUUCAGGGAAUUUUUAAACUUUAUCGGGGGAAAAUCAGGGAAUUUUGUGUCCGUAAAAACUGGGAAACCUGAAGUCCCAGUUUCUGCUAACCCUACUUCACUUCAUUCAUGAACUACUCAAGCUAUGAUAAUUUCAGAGCAGUAUUGAAUAUCUCAUAAGAACUAGAAAACAGACAUAUUAUUUCAGGAGGGUCUUACAUAUACAGGGUUGCAUGUCAUUAACCUUUCACAAUUUGUAGAUUUGAGUUGGUCAACAUGGUACAUGUGUUACCACUCAAUUACAUUGCUGUGACCUUAAAUUUUGUUUUUUUCAAUAAUUUGUUAUCAAGAUAUUUAAAUUCAAAAGUACUUAACUUAACCUACUCACAGUGCUAUCAUCUUUCAGAUAUUAUUUUUUAAUUGGGGACACUUUUUUUUUUUUAAUUUUCAAACUGUUGAUGAAUAUAUUUAUAAUUAGGGUUGUUCUGUUGCAUGAUCAUUCUAUCUUUUUUCUUUUUGACCCCCACCCCCUUUCAGAUCUCGGCCGCAAAAUGUCUGAUCAACGUUAAAUAUUCCUCAGAUGUUAAGACACCUGUUAAGGGUGCCACUGUUAAUUUUUUUUUUUUGCAGAUGAAAUCGUUUUUGUAUUUCAUAAUAGUGGAUUAUGGAAAAAAGAUUGGUGUUAUACCAAAUAUUUUGCAAAAAAUUGGUGAAAAGCACCGUGUACAAAAAAAUGUUCAAACAUAUUCUUUUAUUACUAAUUGUUGUGUUAAUUCCAUAUGUAUUCAAUUGUUUUAAUGAUUGUGUUCCAGAAUCUAAUUUUGAUUCAUUUGAAAUUAGGAAGUAUGGUUCAAAUGGCUUAGAAUGUGAAAUUAAUAGUGUUCUGUGCAAUUUAUGAAAUCAGUAUUUCCAAUUCAUUUGUACAGAAGUUCCUGAAAAGUGCAUUUUUUUAGCUUACAAGCAAUUACAGAAUCACUAGUGACCCUGUAAUCUGGGAAACGAGAGAUACAAACGUUUUUAUUAAUUAUUAAAGUAGGUCCCAACUUGUUUAGAAUAAUGUAUAGCAUUCAUGAGGUGCUGUUGCCUAUUCAAUGGCGCAAUACAUGUAUAUAUUUCCUCAGCUAUAAGCUCCAGUUGCUAAAAACGCUUGGUGCAUGAUAAUAUUAAUGAAAGUUUUUGUAAAGCGCAUAACACAUUAUGAGUAACGUCUCUAUGCG